UUAGAGGAAGUGUCCUUUCCGGAAGCGGUAAUUGUUUUCUCGCUGUGUCCAUUAACAGUUACCUUAAACGCAGCAGUAAUACUGGUAAUAUGCCAAGAUCCAUACAAGGAGCUUAGGGGAACAGCCGCCAACUACUUCAUUUUAAACCUUGCUGUGUGCGAUUUUCUCAUCGGCUUUCCCGGCGAGCUACUGCUUGGACUUCGUCAUUGGUUUCCUGACAACCGUACGCUUAUACAAGCAGGGUAUUCUGUCAACCACGUAGCGUUUCUUGCUUCGAUUUUUACGAUCCUUAUCCUUGCAGUGGAACGGCUCAUUGUCAUCGCUUUCCCCUUAAGAAGAGUCAAACUGACGACUUGUAACAGAAAUCUUUGUUUUAUGGCAGUGUGGUUAUCAGCUUUAACCUUGGCGAUACCUACCAUUAUACGUUGGGACUUGUAUUUAAAAUCUGAUAUAUCUUGGGUUUUUAACUUCAUCUGCAUCCCUAUAACAAUCAUAGUUUUUUGUUGCUACACGGGGAUUUACGUUCUGGUAAGAAGACAGUUGUAUCGCAAUGUAGAAAGGGAACGGUUAUUAGAAGGACAGUCUUUGACAGAAAAUUCUCGCCUGGUGCAAAAGCUGAAAAUGAAGGAGAGAAGUGUGGCGUACACAACAUUCAUAUUGGUUUUGGUACUUACGGUUUGUUGGAUUCCAGUAUCUGUCGCUGUAAACAUAAAUGCAUGGUGCAGUGCAUGUCUUUGCGAAUACAAUUGGCACUAUCUGGUUUGUUUGACAUUUCUGCACCCAGUGCUAAACCCGAUUGCUUACUCAUUACGUACCGCNUUUAACCUUGGCGAUGCCUACCAUUAUACGUUGGGACUUGUAUUUAAAAUCUGAUAUAUCUUGGGUUUUUGACUUCAUCUGCAUCCCUAUAACAAUCAUAGUUUUUUGUUGCUACACGGGGAUUUACGUUCUGGUAAGAAGACAGUUGUAUCGCAAUGUAGAAAGGGAACGGUUAUUAGAAGGACAGUCUUUGACAGAAAAUUCUUGCCUGUUGCAAAAGCUGAAAAUGAAGGAGAGAAGUGUGGCGUACACAACAUUCAUAUUGGUUUUGGUAUUUACGGUUUGUUGGAUUCCAGUAUCUGUCGCUGUAAACAUAAAUGCAUGGUGCAGUGCAUGUCUUUGCGAAUACAAUUGGCACUAUCUGGUUUGUUUGACAUUUCUGCACCCAGUGCUAAACCCGAUUGCUUACUCAUUACGUACCGCUAGGUUUCGAAAAGCCUUUAGGAAAGUUAUCGGAAAAAGUAUUUUUUAA